UGCGCAUGACACUACACAAUGCGCCGUGAAAUUACUCUUCAAGUAAUAGUUGGUAACAUACAAAGUUCAUUAACAUUAAUUUUUACAUAUGCGUUAAAAAAUUCCCGCAUUUAUUAAUUUAUUGCUGGUAGCAUAAAUUUUUUGAAUAUAUCUAACUUGUCCAGGUGGGCUAUUAUUGACGCACUAACAACCCUACAGGUUCUGGCAUCCUUCUUUUUUAGUUACAACCAUGCCAGUGUAAAAACAAAUGCGCAUACGUCAGUCAUACUAUUUACAUGUGUAAUACAGAAAUAAAUUUUAUUUAAUGAAAUAAAGCUACCUAAAGAUACCUCUAGUUUCGACAUUGCGUUUUAGUAUAUAACAUCCGUAUGGCGGCGCUUGGAAAUCAAGUGUUUAAUCACUUGAAAAAUACAUUUCCACAUUUUUUAUUUACUAAUACAUACUUUUUGAGUGAUUGAGCAGUUCCUUACUUCUGUCGCUUGAAAAAAUUAUUAUUUUCUGUUUAUGACAAGGCUAAUUAAUGGGCAAAAGAAAUCUCCCAUUUUCGAAAUCAUUGGGGAUGAUAAAAACGAGGGGAUGAAUUAUUCGACACAAAAGUAUCAUAGAAUAUCAUAGAUGUUUAUAAGUAUAAUUUAUAUAUUUUCAAAUAAUGAUUUUAUCCAAUCUUACUUGAUGAUUGAUCAAUUUUAAAUGCAUUACUUGGCUCAAUCAAAGAGACAAUUGUUUACGUUAAAUUCCAACUAAUUUGCAUACAUUUCCCACUAUUUUCUCGCUGUUAAAAGGAAAAAUCCUCUAAAAAUUUUACUGUUGUUUUAAACACUACUUGCUAUUGGUGUAGUCAUAUGGAAGGUUUAUGCACCAUCCACCAACCAACAUCUUGCUUCAUUAUAACCAGACUAUCCUAGGGAUUUUAUAUGUGUGCGGAUGAGAGCCCCUUUUGCGGUUGGAAAAUAAAGUGGGAUAAAGCAAGGAAAUUAAGCUUGGUUAGAGGGGGAUAUAUUAUUGUUAUAAAACAGAGCGAGAGAGAAUUGUCGCUUGGCCUAUUAAAAUGGUGGGGAGUUGUAACUUUCUUUAUACCGAGCGUCAGUCGUGACGCGUACCCCGAGUUGAUACUGUUUUGUGCUUGUACAUAUGUACAUUAUUAUUAUUAUUAUACUUAACAUUUUUUAACGAAAAAAAAAAAAAAAAAACAUUUUCAUUCUGGCGUAACUUAGUUAAUCGAUAAUCUCAUCGUUGAUAUUGUGGAUAUUAAUAAACGUUAAAAACUAGUACAUAUUAAAUUAUUUAUUUUUGAUAAUAUUUCUAUUUUUUUUUCUUUUUUUUUUUUUUUUUUUUUUUGUGUGUCAUUAUCUAGCUCUAAUGCUUUGAGAUCAAUGAAAAAAGACAGAAUAAUCGAAACAUAUUUUACAAUUGUUUAACUUUAUGAGUGUCUCAUUAUUUCUUACCAUAAAUAAAUAAAAAAAAAUAAUAUAAAGAGGCCACUCCAGUCUAUUGUUAAUCUUAUUAUUUACUCAUUUUUUUUUUUUUUUUUUUUUUGUUUAUUUAACUUAUGAUUUUUAAAUGUUAAUGAAUAAGUGAGUAAAUGUGACAAAUAUAGUAAAAACAAAGAGCCUUAUUUUAGGCUGGGCUGUGUUAUACCGGCUACAAAAAAAAAGUUUUUUGUCUGAAUUUUAUUGGGCAACAAAGUCAAAUAUAGUUCGUUUUUUAUAAUAUAUACAUAUUGGUGGUAUUGGCAACGACGCAUCUUGAUGUUUUAGUGCCAUGUGUGUUGGAAAAUUUCCUUGUGUUCAUCUUCCAAUUUGUGCUUCGUUAUUAAUUUUUUUAUUUCUCUGUUGGUAAAAAAGAUAUAACAAAAUAAGUAUUAUACACUAAAAAAUGACAAAAGUUAUGUCACGUAAAUGUGUACGUUUCUGGAAUAGACAGGCAAUAUUUUUAUUAAUUAGUUGAUUUAUUAUUUAUUUAUCUUUUUUCAAUAAAAAAGCUUUCAAUUGACAUUAAUUUAAUUGAUAAUAAUAUCGUCAACAAUUAAUAACAAUAAGCUAUAAAUGUUGACUGUUCAUGUUUUGUGAAUUAGUUCAAAAAUAAUUAAAAAAAAAAAUAGAAUCAAAUGAUCUAUUAAAAACAAUUAUACUGUUUGUUUUUAUUUGUUUUUUUUUCUUUCGUUUUUUUUAUUUUUUACCAAAGUGAUUAUUUAUUAUUGUGAUAACGAACAUUAAAAUAUUGUCAAUGCUUAGUGACAAAACAGAUUGAAAAUAAAAACGACAUUAUUUCCAAAGAAAAAAAUUAAAAAACAGUUAAUUUUAAUAGUGAUGAUUGAAUGAUUGUAAAUUAUCAUUUUUGUUUAUUUUAAAUAUUAAUAUAAAAUAUGCAAUCAAACGCAAUACUAAGUGAGGUCAGUCACACAGAAAAGUUGCCUAUCAGCAACAAUAACAACAAUUUAAACAACAAUGUAUCAGCUGGUGCUGACAUAAUGUUUCAAAUGGAAGAUGAAAGCAUGACGCAGCUAGGAAAUGCUUUUCAAUCUGCCUAUCAAUCUAUUGCUGGUGUUGCACAGUACGGUUCAGACGAAUUUGGGCCAAACUCUCCUAGAUACACAUCACCUAAAGCAACAACGCUUUAUCCAGAUGCUUAUUAUCUCGAUGGUAAUGCAGCAGGAACGGGGCCUGGUGAUCCAUGGACUGGUGGUGGAAAUGCUGUACAGCCACCCUACAGUGGUUACUCAUCAUCUCACUUAGUACAGUCAGCGUAUCCAAUGCACUUACCUCAUGAUCCUAUGCAAGCCUACUCAGCAAUGUCACCAAAUGGAGAACAAGGAACAUCGGUUUUAAGUUCUGCACCAAGUGCUGCAUCAUUACCGCCAAUGUCAACGUUUCGUGGAAGUGCACAAGUUGCUAGUAAUGGACCAAUUGUAACGACACCUAAUUCCUUGCAGUAUAAUCAUAGUCCUGUUCCUACAAAUCCACCUGUACCAUCAACAAAUGCCCCAACGAAUAAUCAACAGUCUGCCUCUACUACUAUAGGAAAAACUCUUGCAUCUGUAGUAAGCACACGAAUUUAUCCAACAGAUCAAUCUGUUUCAAGUUAUAGCAGCAAUCCAUCAACACCAGUAGGCUCACCACCACCAUUAACAAAUUCAGCAUCAAAUUGGGCACCUGGUGCUACUUCUAUAUCACCACAUUUUACAUCAGAUCCAAAUAGAGGAACAAUUCACAUGCCGGCACCUGAACAGCAGAGGCUAGACGAUGCUAUCGGCUACCUUCGCGACCACGUCGAGGGUUCACGGAUGGAGGAACGACUAGAUGAUGCUAUUAAUGUACUGAGAAAUCAUGCAGAAAGUCAACUUGGUCUUCACCUUGGUUCGGUUGGUCCUCAUGGUUCAUUAUAUUCACACACCUCACCACCACAAUUGGAUCAUCUUGCAAGUCCACAUCCUGCAGUGACGGUUGCUCAAACACAAGGCUCUUAUUCCGGAUUAACACCAACUUCUGAUACAGAUGGCUCAAUAAAAAUUGAAAGAUUACCUGCGGCAAAUGCCAAAUAUAUAUCUUUAGAAAAGAGGAAGGAUCCACCAGACAGUAGUGGUGUAGAAACAAAACCAUCAAGUAGUGAAUUAACAUCUCCUGUUAUUGGUGGAACUCAAAUUAAUUCAACAACUUCAGGAAAAGGAACAAAACGUUCACGAAGAUAUUCGAGUGCUGAUGAAGACUGUGAUGAUCCUGGCACCAAAGCUGUUCGUGAAAAAGAACGUCGACAAGCAAAUAACGUUCGUGAAAGGAUACGUAUUAGAGAUAUUAAUGAAGCUUUAAAAGAACUUGGUCGAAUGUGUAUGACUCAUCUAAAAACCGACAAGCCUCAAACAAAACUUGGGAUUCUCAAUAUGGCUGUUGAAGUUAUAAUGACAUUAGAACAACAAGUGAGAGAGCGUAAUUUAAAUCCAAAAGCUGCCUGUUUAAAAAGGCGAGAAGAAGAAAAAGCUGAAGAUGGCCCAAAAUUACCAGGACAUAUUGCGGCACAUAUUACUCAUACACAUGGUCAUCCGCAUACACAUCCGCAACCUUCCUUCCCCGCAAUCACCGGGCCGCCAUCUUCAAUUCAACAUAAUCCAGUGCAACCUCAGUAGCAAAAAUUGGCUAAUCGCCCGUUAUGCUGAACUCAUGUUGUAGGUUUACCUAGCCUGUGGAUAAAUCUUGACAAAAGAAACGAAAAAUAAAACAAAAAAGAUAAAAUGGUAGUAAUACCACUCAAUUAUCUAUUCUUAAAUAGUUAAGUAAAACAAAACGUCUUUUUUUAUUUUCAUGGAAGAAAAUAUAAUCAUGAAAAUAAAAUAAAUAAAACAAUCGUGAAAAAAGUGAACUAUCAAGGUGCGCAAUUUCAUUUUUCAAAAAUGAAAAUAUCUUAACUUAAACCACGAAAAAAGAAAAAAACAAAAAGAAAAAGAAAAGAAAACUUAAAAAAAACAUGAGAUUCCGAUUAAUGUUGUUAUCAAUUGGGCUUUUCCUUAGCUUCAAGUCAUAAAUAUAUAUUAUAUAUAUAUUAUUUUCCUUUCUUUUUCUUUUUAUAAUUUUAAUUUUGUUUUUAAGAAAUUGAGAUGCUCCUCGAGAUUAAUCGAUUGAUCGAUGAGCUAGGUGAUCAACCAAGCUCCAAUAUAUUGACAAUAAAUGAAUUUCUAUUCUUAACAAAUGAUAUAAUUAUAAGGAAAAUGUCUUGUCUAAACUUUGUUAUAGUUUUCUGUCACACAUAUCAAACUGCGAAUGAAUGCGCAAAUUGAUGCCUUCAGAAUUUUGACCUUAAUCGAUUUUGGUACAAUUGUUAAUAAAAAAAAAAAAAAAAGCUUAACGAAAAUAAGACCAUAUCGAUAGCCGUAUAAAUUUAUUGAAGAUAUGAAUAAAAAUAUAUCAUAAUAAAAAUAAAUUAUAUUCGAAUCGAACUCAACUACAUUGGAACUGUAGAAUUGAGGACCAUUCUUUUUCAAUAACAAGAAAAAAUAAAUUUGAGAAAUAUCUCAAAUAAUGUCUAUUAAUUUUAUAAUAUUUCGGAAAUGUGAAUUUGGAAUGAUAUUUAUUAAGUUCUAAUUAAUGAAAUAGUCUACAAGCAAAAUAAGUAAAUUAAAAAAACAAAAAUAAAUAAGAAUGAAUAAUUUUAGCUCACAUUGAAAUGCCAUUUACUUUUAAGCUGACAUUUUUCAACAGCAUAUAAUUUUAUAACAAACAAUAAGUAAAUAACAAAAAUAAAAAAUUUCAAGAGCAUGAAAAAAAUUUCAUUUGAAUAAUAAAAAAAAUUUUUAAAAUAUUUCAAAAAUAUAUAAGAAAGUAUGAUGAUGGUUUAAAAUUAUUUUUAUAAACAGCAAAAAAAGAAAAUAAAUAAAUAAAAGAGUUAAAAAUGAAAAGAUAGUUAAAGUUCCUCUUCCAAAAUGCAAAAAAUUUAAAAAAAAAAUGAUUAAAAUUUAAAUUACAUACUUAAUAAAUCAUUGCAUUAUUACACAGCUGUUUCUUUUUUUUUUUUUUUUAAUUCAAAAUUUGUAUAAAAAUUUUGAACGAUGAUUAUUAUUUUUUUUUUCUUUUUUUGUACUUGGCCUAAUUAUAUAAAUUUAAAAAUUCAUGGAACAGUUAUUAUUCGUAUACGCAGUAAUUUGUUGAGUUUGCAAAUGUAGAGUGCAGUAGAUAGGAUGAAUGUACGAUUGAUAUAUAUUAAAAUAAUUGAUAAAUUAUAAGUGUCUGA